AUGCUCCAGAAGAUGAUCCAGCACGCAACCGACAAGCUCGCCGAGCUCGAGAACUUCAUCGAGUGGCGCGAGCUCAAAGGCUCAGACGAGGCGCAGAAGAAGUUUGUGCAUGACUUUCAGAUGCGCCUCAAGCAGCUCGAGCCGCUCGACGCCGGCUUUCAAGGUCUGAUCCGCAUGCUACGCGAGCUCUACAACUGGACCAAGGAGGACGCGCACGCGCUCGGUGGCGACUGGCUCGCACGUGUUUCCUCGUUCGAGGCAAGCCGCACCGUCAAGGCGGAGGACGUGAGCGCGCUCAGCGACCUGCUCAACGAGCUGCAGGAGAGUGUGGCGGACACGCGCGAGCAGAAGCAUGCGCUCGGCUCCGACAGCGAGGCGACGGUCUCUGUUGCGCCAUCCAAGCGCCGCAAGAGCGGCAAGGCCAGGCACGAACUUCCGCCGGGCUGGUCGACCAAGCGGGACUACGGCCGUCUCGCUAUGCCGCACCCUUACCGCGGCCCGGAAGGCCUCAGGGCGUCGUGCCCCAAGGAGGCGUGGAAGCGCCACGAGCGCUUCGCGGCAACGGCGCUGACUGAGCUCAAGCACGGCGCCGAAGACGCGUCGAGCGACGAGUCGAGCGACGAGUCGAGCGACGAGGGUGCCCCUUUGCCCAAGCGGCAGCGUUGCGACGAGGGCUCGUCUGAGACUGAGUCGAGCGAUGAGCGCGCCUCGACCCGUUCGGGCACGGGCACUGUCUCGGAGGACGUCGUCUCGUCCGGUGAGGAGACGACCACGGACGUUGAGGCCUUCGUUUGGAUCGAGGGGCGCGGCUACCACUCGCCUGCCUCAAUGCACUACUACAAGGAGAUUGAGGGCGACAAGAACCCCCGCGAGGUCCGCAUGAGCAAGAUCAACUUCUCGAACGGCGCCAGGAAGAGCCUGACGGUCCCAGAGAGCGAGCUACGCGAGAUCUCGCCGCAGGAGGCGGCGCGACGCGACGCUGGCAAGGGGCCGUCGGGCGAUACGCUCGAGCUUUUCGGCGGCACCUGCCGUCUCUCGCGGGCGCUGAGCGAGCGCGGCUGCAUUGUGACGCUGCACGAGCGCUUCGGAGACCGCGUCGAGUGGGGCGAGACGAUGCGGCAGGCGACCACCAAGCUGUACGAGCACGACAUCCUCGAGAUUGACAUCUCCAAGCUUCCCGUCUUCGACUUCAUCCACGCGUCGCCCGAGUGCCGCACGUACUCCAAGAUGGCGCAGAGCGAGCACAAGCGCGGCCCGUCCAACCAGUAUCGUGGCGUGACUGGGGAGGCGGAGAAGGCCAACCGCGUGCUCGUCAAGCUCGUCGACAUCCUUCUCGACCAGCUGAAGCGCAACCCCAAGCUGCGCUUCAUCAUCGAGAACCCGUGGAACGCGUGCGGCGGCAUGCACCUGCAGCCGAUUGCGAAGAGCGUCAUCAAGAAGGAGGGCGAGGGCGGUCUUGGCGCGGUGCUGCGCAUCGUGUCGUACUGCAUGUUUGGCGAGGAGUAUGAGAAGGAGACGAUGCUCUGGACCAACAUCCCGCGCCUCGCCGCCGAGCUGCAGGACGACGCCUACCGCUGCGGACAAGGCGGCCACGGCUGCGAUCACUGGCUUCGCUUCGGCAAGCACCGCAAGACUCUCGUCCGCGGCCUGCUGCGCGCCUUUGCAACCCCGGGCUAA